GGCAUUUGAGGCUUUUCCUCACCCACACUGCGCCACAUUGUGAUGCCGAAGGAGCGGAGCGGCUUGACGGUAACGGUCUCGCAGGACAGCCGCGCAGUUUUCUGACUUCCUGGGGAGUUUUUAUCACGCGCAUUUCCGCUCUCAAAUGCAUCUGUUUGUCCGGACGAGACAUUUUUCCUAAAGGGGGUCGUGAUUAUUGUUAUUUUUUAAAUUUCUUUCAUUUUGGAGCGUUUAAGCUUAAAUGGACCCCAGGGUGGCUUGGAUUCAGCCCGAGCAGAAAGGACCAGCCAACGCUUUGUGGAUGCACAUCUGGGAAACCUCACACGGGUUACGGACUACUAAUACCUCACCCAUCCCUCGUUUGAACCCGGCCAUGGCCCCGGGCUUGGUGAAAACCACCUCCUCCAGCUGUAUCAGCCCGCAUCCCGUUCAGAUUUCGCCCCCUUUCAUUCUCCCUCCUCCGUUUGACCACUGCAGUCUGACUGCACUGAAUGGCACUUGCACAGGAUCAGGGAAACCCAGUGCUUCUCCCAAAAAUGGCUCCCUGUCCCCAUCGUCCUCUUCACUGGACUCUGAGACGGACAGUCCCAAAUCAGACUCGUGUGACAGCACAAGCACCCACCACCCCCAUCCCAGACUCUUUUUCAGCUUCACUGAGCAGCUGCACAACAUCAAUGACUAUUUGCAUCAGCACCAACAGCAGCAUUUGCAUCUCCAAGCACAUCUUCACCAACACCAUCAUCAUCACCGGCAUCCGUCCCAGCACUUCCCUCAAGCGCCUGAGCACCACCACCAUCCAGCCAGGAAGAAGGGCGAGAACAAGGCCAGCACUUACGGCAUCAACUACCUGCUCUCCAACUCCAAUGGGAACCUCUUCUGCACCGGGACGCCGUGGAAGACCAGGAGAUACAGUCCAGGGGUGAACGGCCUUCACGAAGAGAUAGUGGACUUCUAUGCCUUCAUGUCCCCGCGGCCUGAGGAAGAGGCCAUGAGGAGGGACGUCGUGAACCGCAUUGAGAGCGUGAUCAGGAACCUGUGGCCUGCAGCUAACGUCCAAAUAUUUGGCAGCUUCAGUACUGGACUUUAUCUUCCAACAAGUGACAUUGACCUGGUGGUGUUUGGGAAGUGGGAACGUCCACCUCUACAUCAGCUCGAUCAAGCUCUCAGGCAGCAGAACCUCGCCCAGCCUUUCUCCAUUAAAAUACUGGACAAAGCCACGGUUCCUAUAAUCAAGCUGACGGACCGAGAGACGGAGGUGAAGGUGGACAUCAGUUUUAACGUGGAGACGGCCGUGAAAGCGGCGCGCUUCAUCAAGGACCACUUAAAGAAGUACACGGUGCUCCCGUACCUGAUCUUCGUUUUGAAGCAGUUCCUGCUGCAGUGGGAUUUAAACGAGGUCUUCACAGGAGGCAUCAGCUCCUACUGCCUCAUUUUAAUGGCCAUCAGCUUCCUGCAGCUCCACCCCCGGAUCGACUGCAGGGCGGCCAACAUAAACCUGGGCAUCCUGCUGAUCGAGUUCUUCGAGCUAUACGGCCGCCACUUCAACUACCUGAAAACGGGGAUCCGUGUGAAGAACGGAGGAGCGUACCUCGCCAAGGAGGAGAUGAUGAAAGCCAUGAGCAGUGGCCACAGACCCUCCAUGCUGUGUAUCGAAGAUCCCAACUUACCAGGCAACGAUGUGGGCCGCAGCUCUUACGGGGCCCUGCAGGUGAAGCGGGUGUUUGAUUAUGCCUACAUUGUCCUGAGUCACGCCGUGUCUCCUCUCGCCCGCUCUUAUCCCAACAAGGACAAUGACAGCACGCUCAGCCGGAUCCUCAGACUGACCCAGGAGGGCAUUAACUACAGGGAGUGGAUCAUCCAGAAGUGGGGGGACAGACAAAAUGCCAAAAUCAACCGCUGCAUCGUCCAGUUCGAAGGCGACUCCGAGGAGCAGCAAAGAGACUCCGCGUCUCCGCAAAGUGCCGAUUCCCUUAUGUCUCCGUCCAGUCCCCAGCAGCACUCAUCGUCAUCGUCUUCAGCCUCUUCUGUUUCCUCGCUCUCAGGAAGUGACAUUGAUUCUGACUCCAUUCCAUCUGGGCACAAAGCCCCGCACCAAACUUUCCCAGCAUACCCUUUGCCGAGCACUCAGCAGAGGCCACAAAGCGGGACAAAUCCAUCUGAAACCACUUCCUCUAAUGGACAGGUACGGAAGCCCCUCCCCAUGUCUCUACCCCCACCUGUGCCAGGCAGGCCACUGUGUGUGGACGGGUGUGUGCCCCUGAGCAACGGCUACCGGCUGUCCUCACCCAUCUACCUCGGCCCACUCCCCGGCCUCCAGCACCAGCCCAAGUUUCAUAACGUUCAGAGGUUUGGCCCGAAGGUUCCCGGUGGCUUUGAGCCUGGAUCCAUGCCUGCACCGCGCGCCAACCUUCCACAGCACAACCGAAACACAUGGCACCGAGGAGGAGGGAAACGACGCCCUCUAGCCUCAGCAGAUAGAACUGUCACAGGUCAAAGGUAGCACUUCCUGUCUACGCACAGUCCAAGCUGCGGCUCCAUGUUGUCAGUGACUGCCGUUUUUUUUUUUUUUUUUUUUUUUAAAUGUACUUUCCUUUAAUUCACUUAUUUUAUUAUUUUUAAAUUCUCCCUUUUUUCUCUGUUUGUGCCAAACACUAAAUGUUCUCAUUGCAGCCAAGCUGUAUUUGGAAUUUAGUACAAGUCGUGCAAUAUGAGCAUUUUUAUAAUUUGCUAUUUUUUUUUUUUUUUAGUUAUUUUUAAUUUAAGUUUUACUACUACUCUUCAAUGUUUACAUUUCUGUGUUUUUGUGUUGUCAUGAAUGUAAGCCGAUGAAGGCCAGGUGUGUGACGUUGCAUCUCUACUACACUACUAUACUAUCAUGUCCAAAUCCAAAGUCAGUUUGAGAAUUUUACUUUUGCACUCAAUGGCUUUCCAGUUCGGCUUGAGUACCAGCAGGUCCGAGAGCCACAAAGAUUAAAUCUCUCUGUGCCAAAAUCCUGGGCCAAAGUGUUCCUUAUGUCACAGUAACCUGUACCUUAUGUGUUUUUUUUUUUUUUUUUUUUUCUCCCAGCCAACAACAUGCCAAAUCUUGUUUAUUCGAUUUUAUUAGUUUGCCUGAAUUUUCAACUUUCAUCUUUCUCUUCUGCACCAGACUGGUCACAGUGAUGCUGUGAAAAUGAUUAGGAAUCUCAUGCAACUCCCCUUCCCCUCCUUUCCAUUUGCGUCACAAUGAAACGGGAAUGAAAUAAUGGCAAAGCGAUCUUCUAUAGGUAAAAUUACACCCACUGUGAAGGUCUCAUCCCUGACAUGUUAGCCUAUUGGCUUUCCAUAUUUUUGUAGUUCAAUUCCCGCACCAGUAGGCGGUGCCAAUAAUUUGUUAGUCGUAAGUCCUUCUUUCAUUUUAUCAUUGGAGAUACCACUUUUCUGUAGGUUGCAUUCUGUUCAUGUUAGCCUGGCUAAAGUUUUGUGAAAGUUUUUUUUAAACCCAGUAUUUUGCUCCCAUUGACUUUCCAGAUUUCCACAGUUCAACUUCCACACCAGCAGGUGGCGCCAAAGAUUUGUGCUUUACAAUUCCCUUUUUCAUUUUGCGUGACGUGCGAUUCUACCGAACUAGUACACCAGGAUGAAGGUGCGUCUUGUGCCACUUCCCCUCAGAACCACUAGGCCCAGAAACAUGCAGUGUCUCCAUUGCUGUUCUAUGCAAAUGUCUUGGCGCUGAUUGGCUGUUAUAGUCACUGUCAUUGUUGUUGUUUCGUCACUGUAAUCGUACAUGGGAUCACAAAUGAUCUUUAGCCCAAUCAUGUGAUCACAUUUUUAACUUUUUUCUUUCUUUCUUUCUUUUAAACAAUGGAACGUAACUUCCUCCUGACACACAUUUCAUAAAGUCAUCAUGAUCUCUCUCGGGGAAAGGUCAUUCUUGUAGCAUUUUGUCCCAAAGAUGGUGAUGGAGAGCACCGGAGACACACACACACACACACACACACACACACACACAGAGUCAUCAUUGCUGAUUUAUGAAUGUAAACUUUUUUUUUUUUGUUUGUUUUUGUUUUUUUGUUAUUGCCUUUUUUCCCCUGAAUAUUUUUAUGUAAAGAUUUUUCUACAGAUU